AUGGAAGAAUCUCGACCACACAACGAACGUUCAGCAACAUUUGAUGUUAUCAUUAUAGGCGGUGGUAUCGCAGGAUCAUGCACAGCAAUAAGGCUGGCCCAAUUGUUCUCCUCGGCAGCUGCAACCUUGCGGAGGAUUUUAGUCGUUGACGAGAAAACGACGAGUGCGGGCAUAUUCAAAGUUGGAGAAUCCUUACCCGGAGAAUCAAAGCAUAUACUCAAGACACUAGGCGUAUUUGAAGCGGUGAACAAUGAUGCAAAGCAAGGGAAACAUAAUUUCUGUUACGGAAAUUCUUCUGCGUGGGGUUCCGAUGAAUUGCACGAUACGAGCACGAUAUUCAAUGCCUAUGGUGAUGGAUUUCAUUUGAACAGGUCCCUGUUUGAUGAAACGUUGAUUAAAACUGCCGAGUCACAGCAUGAUCCAUUCAUUACGAUUAUACGCGAUUCCGUGACCAAGUCACUUCUUGUAGAAAAUGAUGACGGGGAGAAAUAUUGGAAGGUUUCGAUUUCGAGUAAUGAAUUACCGAUCCACGGAAACGUUCUCGUCGAUGCAAGUGGCCGUCGCUGUUUCAUCCGAAAAUGUUUUCCAGACUUGGAACGCACCGCCUUUGAUAAAUUGCUGGCUUUUGCAUGUUUAUUCGAAACCGAUAAUUCUCAACUGCCCGAUUCAGACCAUCAUACCCUUGUGGAAUCCUGCGCUUUUGGAUGGUGGUAUACUAGUCUUUUACCCAACAAGCAACGAAUUGUCGGUUUCCAUACCGACGAUGAUCUAAUAAAACUCAUUAACAAGAAAAGAAAGAUCAGGCAAGCUGAAGAGUUUUACGAAUUUAUGAGAGAAACUGCUCCGCAUACUACCAAGCGUAUAAAUGAGCAUUCAUAUUGUCCUGGGGGAAAAAGAGUCAUGUGUAUGCCUGCGAAUUCAGAAAGCCUUUUUCGGUUUGCGUCUUACGAAAAUAGAUGGAUAGCAAUUGGCGAUAGUGCUGUUUCUUUUGAUCCGCUCUCAUCCCAAGGGAUGCUCACCGCACUGUACAGUGCGAAACUUGGUGCGGAAGCAAUAUUUUUUCAGUACUUUAACGGCAAAAAGACGAGAAACAAAGAAGUAACAGUCCAACCAUUAGAAAUCUUUCAGCAAUACAUUGAGAACACGUUUCAUAAAUAUAAGAGCGAGAAAAGGUUUUUCUAUAAUAAGGAACAAAGAUGGCGUGAUGAAGUUUUUUGGAGAAGACGACAUGAGGAUCACAUUGAGUGA